CUUCCUUCCAAUUUCCAGGCUUCUUUUUUGACUUGUCUUUUACUCUUUUUCUUCCGUUCCACGCGCUUUCCAUUCAGUCUAAGAAGAAAGAGAGAGAGAGAGAGAGUAAACAAACAAGCAUUAACACAAUUCCCCAGGAAAAUCAAAUAACCCACACAACGCAAACAUGCGACCAAAGAAUGAACCAGUCAACCAACCAACCAUAAUACCCAAAUGAUCCAUCAUCAUACCCUCCUUCCCUUUCCUUCCUCUCUUUCUCUGACUAUCCCUGCACUUUCCCCCAAUCGAAACAAGGUACAACACUAAACCCCCUUGCCGAUUUCAUUCAACUACUCAGUCACCGACGCACCCCACCUGACCUUCUCAUGGAAGAGAAGCGAAUCGGCGAGGAACUCAGUUACCCGAUCCUACUCGCCGAGCGAGUCCGCUCCGCUGUUGAGGAGGCUGAUUCCUUCAAGUUAGAGUGUAGUACCAUCGGCAAUUACACCGAUAUGCUCGCUGAGAAGCUGCGGUUACUUGUCCGCUUCACCUGUUCUGCUCAAUCGUUCUAUGAGCGGCCUGUUCGUCGGAUUAUCGCCGAGGUUUUCAAGAAUCUCGACCGUGCCCUAACCCUAGUACGCAAGUGUAAGCGCCGGAAUGUGCUGCGCCGGGUUGUUACGAUCAUCAGCGCCACUGAUUUCAGGAAAGUGCAAAAUCUCCUUGAAGCUUCUGUUGGUGACGUGAAAUGGCUCGAGAGUAUCUUAGGCUUCGGAAAUGGCGCUGCGGGUGAGGAUGUUGGUAUUGAUCUUACUCUUCCGCCAAUUGCAAGCAACGAUCCAAUUCUCGCUUGGGUUUGGUCCUCUAUCGCUUCUAUUCAUGUCCGCCCAUUACCUGAAAAAAUUGAAGCUGCUAAUCAACUAGCCCAGCUUGCCCAAGAUAAUGAUCGAAACAAGCAAAUUAUAGUGGAAGAAGCCGGCGUUCCGCCGCUGUUGAAGCUGUUAAAGGAGACUGAUUCGCCGGAGGCGCAAAUUGCGGGUGCCACUGCGCUUCUGUACUUGGCUAAUGAUCAGGAGAGGGUAACGACUAUUGUGAAUGAACAAGGGGUUCCCAUUGUAGUGAAGGUUCUGGCAGAUUCUCCAAUGAGGGUUCAGACUCUGACGGCCAGUUUGGUGGCAAGAAUGGCAGAAAACGAUUCCGUUGCGCAGGAUGAUUUCGCAAGGGAGAAUGUAAUUCGACCGCUUGUCACGCUGCUAUCUUUCGAGACUUUCUCUGAUGACCAAAUGGUUCAGUUGGGUAAGCAGAGUAUUCAUUCUAUCAUUCAGAUUAACAAAGAAAUGGAGAAAAAUUCGAUAAAUGGGUCGAAGAAUAACCAUCAUUAUAGGCCAUAUAUGACUUCAUUUUCCAGUUUUCACUCGGAGGGGAGUAGUAGAGGUGGAAAUAGGAAAGGGAGGGAAAAUGAGAAGCCUGAAGUAAAGCUUAAGUUGAAAAUUAGUUGUGCAGAGGCUUUGUGGAUGCUUGCUAGGGGAAGUGUGUCAAAUAGUAAGAGAAUAACAGAGACAAAAGGGUUGCUUUGUUUGGCGAAAUUGGUCGAGAUGGAAGAAGGGGAAUUGCAAUACAAUUGCUUGAUGACUAUAAAGGAGAUAACUGCGGCAGCUGAAUCCAAUGCCGACCUUAGACGUGCAGCUUUUAAGACUAAUUCCCCUGCUGCCAAGGCAGUUAUUGAUCAGCUCUUGAGGGCGAUUAAAGAAUCGGACAGUCCAAAGUUGCAAAUUCCAGCCAUAAGAUCGAUUGGUUCAUUGGCUAGAACUUUUCCGGCUAGGGAAACUCGAGUUAUCGGUCCUUUAGUUGCCCAGCUUAGUAGUAGGAGCCAGGAAGUGGCAACAGAAGCUGCCAUUGCACUGGGGAAGUUCACUUGUUCAGAGAAUUUUCUGUGUGAUGCUCAUUCAAAGGCAAUAGUGGAGUUCAAUGGUGUACUACCUUUGAUGAGAUUGCUGAGAGGGAAUGAACGGGCACAGUUUCAUGGAUUGAUUCUCCUAUGUCAUCUUGUAUUACAUGCUGGGAACAAUGAAGCUUUGGAACAAGCUAGGGUGUUGACUGCCCUUGAGGGAGUAGACCGGACGGUGCUUGCACAACAUCCUGAGUUGAGAGAAUUGGUGUCUAUGGCUAUUUAUCACAUCAAUCUCUAUCACACUAGUGCUCAUUCUCAAAGGUUUUCAUUUGUGCCUUGACACUACAUUUAGGGCCACCGACUUUUUUUUUUUUUUU